AUGUCUGGAAUUGACUUCUUCGCUGGAUGUCUUGGAGGUGCGGCUGGAGUGCUAGCCGGACAUCCACUGGAUACUGUCAAAGUCCGUCUACAAAUGCAGAAUCCUGCUUCAAAAAUGUAUCGCGGCACGUGGCACUGCUUUAGGAAAAUAAUUCAGAAAGAGGGAUUUGCUGGACUCUACAAAGGUAAGAUUUUCUUAAGCGUAAUGGUUGAUUGUCACAAAUUAGCUUGGGAUCAAUCGCUACCUAUACGUAAUCAAUGCAAUCGCAUGAUUUCGUGGACAAGCGCUAUGUUUGUGGUCUCUGUUCUAUGCGCAUCAAUCACUAUUCAAGGCGAAGUAGCGUAGGA